AUGAGUCUAUUCAGGACUCUUAUGUCAUUGGCUUCACAUAAUGCCAAGGUGGCCAUAAGGGGAGGCAAUGGAAAUCCCUCAUUGCGGCCGCUUCUCUCCUGCGCUCCCCUCGCUAUGGUCGGCUUCGACCGCGGCGCUCACAGCCAGGACCUGACCAAGAACAUCCAGUACAUCACCAACGACAAGGUCAAACUGACGCUGGAUCCAAACACCAUGAAAUUGGACAAGCGUCGCGGGCGGCCGAUAUGCGUGAUGAUAACCUGGCUGCUGGCGCGCCAGAAGCACGUGAUGAAGUACGCCUCCCUCUACCUGGAGAGGGGCUUCGACGUGGUCUCCGUCUCCUGCACACCCUGGCAGCUAAUGUGGCCCAUGAAGGGCUCCCAGCUAGUGGCGGGCGACCUGAUAAAGCUGAUGUCGGCUAACGAGAGCGACCAGCCGAUGGUCGUCCACGGCUUCUCCGUGGGCGGCUACAUAUGGGGCGAGGUCUGCGCCAAGGCGAUGGAGAACAGGGAUGCAUACGAACCGGUGAUGGAGAGGGUGUCCGCCCAGGUGUGGGACUCGGCUGCGGACAUCUCGGAGAUCACAAUCGGCGUGCCCAUCGCCGUCUUCCCCAAGAACAAGAUCAUGCAGAAGACCCUCAAGGCGUACAUGGAAUACCACAUGCGCACGUUCCACGAAGCGGCCACCGCCCACUACAUCCGCUCAUCGCAGCUGUUCCACACCAACCUGUGCCGGGCGCCGGCCCUGUUCCUCCUCUCCAGCUCGGACCCGGUGGGCGCGGAGCGAAGCAACAGAGCGGUCUACGACGCCUGGCGCAAGAUGGGCGUCGAGUGCACAUGGCAAUGCUGGGAGCGGUCUGGUCACGUGCAGCAUCUGACCAAGCACCGGGAGGAGUAUAUCCAUCUCCUGGAUGACCACCUCCGUCGCCACUCGCUCUCCGCCCGCGAGGAGGCUUCUGAACGGCGCAGCAGUUCUCUCCACCUC